AUGUCGGCCCCUACUAUGCGGACUACACUGCUGCUUACAGAACACCUAGGUUAUCCGCCUAUCUCGCUGAUUGACGACAUUAUCAAUGCGGUCAACGAGCUAAUGUAUAAGUGCACGCAAGCAAUGGAGAAAUACCUUCUGGAGAGACAGUCAAUUGCGGGCAAGGACUAUACAGAUGAAAUAAAAGUGGGAAUCGCGAAGCUAGAGACGUUAUGGGAAAAUUCUGUGGACAGAAGCUUCGAUAAACUUGAACUGUACAUUCUGCGGAAUGUUCUACAGAUUCCUCAAGAGCUGAUCGAAAGUGGAUCUUUCAGGCUGCGGCAUCACGAUUUGCUGGUGUUAGAAGACUCCACUCAAGAGAAACAACUGGUAUCGGACCUUGAAACAAAGAUGCAACAACUACGAAAACAGCUUCAAUUGCAUACGGAGCUUCGUAGACAGUCUCGAAAUGCGCAAAAAGUACUAGCUAGGGUUAAAAAGUACAAGAAACUAGUAAUAGCUCUACUACAGGACGAGGCUGCAACAACUGAUGAACAGAAAGCCAUUCUGAAUUCACUCACACCUGUGAAUGAAAGCGUAAAGUUUCUCUCCUCUCAAAUGCGAAGCUUAUACCUAGAAUCGGAUAACCAGUGCUCUUCGGAACGGGUACGAAGCAUAGUAUCACAGCAAGAGGUACUCGCUACGGACGUUUCCUCAAGAACCGGCUACCUCGCUCAAAAUACCCAACUGGAGCUCCAAAAUAUUAGUAAAAUCCCAGGAAUUUCUGAUACACCUACAGAGCAUACGUUCACAUCGCAAUCGAACCCUUCAGAGCAGUCCUUGCAACUCAUAAAUCCAGAUUGGUCGUCGUUAAAGGAAGCCACGUGA